ACGCAUUUGUCAUACGAAAAAAUUUCACUCUGACUUAUAAAAUAACCCCCCUCCUUGGACUCGCCCUUUUUUUUUUCUCUUUCUCCCAGAAAUGCCUUCCAUUGUACCCUUCUUUACGGGAGCAAAGCAGCUUACAAUUGAUCUAGCAGAACCUGUCAUUUAUCUUAGAGGCACUGCACAUGAUCGUUCGACACAAGUACUUCAAGGGGAAGUUAGCGUUGUCUUGACUAAACCAACACUUGCAUCACAAGUUGUCAUUCGAUUUGUUGGAAAAUCAUAUAUGUUAUGGCCGGAAGGCAUUGGAUCAAGAGGUUCUAAAGUAUAUCAUGAAAAGAUCAUUCAUGAACAAAACGUCAUUUUACAAUCAUUCCCUGAAAAUCCUAAAUCAGAAGGUGUUCUAGACGCUGGCCUUCACCGCUGGCCUUUUCAAUUUUUAAUCUCCAAUCAGCUGGUAGAGACCAUCGAAGAUGAACUCGGCAAGGUCUUUUAUUAUUUGACAGCCACUAUUCAUCGAGUAGGCGUGGCUGCAACUAAGCUUCGAGCUAGACGAGAUAUUCUUCUCUUGCGUACACCACAUUGGUCUGAUGCUGCACUCACAGCCAACUCGCUUCCAUCCACCUCAAUCACGUCCGAACGAAGAUUAGACGUCUGCGAUGCGUCCAUCUGUAUUGAAAAAUCCAGUUGCUCAUCCGGUACUCAAUUCCCCAUCAGCAUCUCCAUUUCACCCAAUAUCAAACAUGUCUGUAUUGAAUCCAUUUCGGUUCUCUUGACCGAAAAGCGAGUCUAUAAACUGCCCGAGUUCCAGGCCCGUCGUGUCGAAUUACAUGAUUUCAAGGUGACACUAUCCUCAGUCACGAGCUUGAUCGAUCCAACACUGACACAUGGCAUCGUUUCUCAGCUGUCAUUGAAGGAAAUUCAUCGAGCAUUAGGCGUGAAGAACGCACAUAUCUCUUUGGAUGAUGGACCUUUUCAGAAUCGACUGAUCUUUACCUUGCCAUCCUGCGUUCAUCUCAGUCAUGAUUCGACUUAUAGUGAGAUUCAUAUCAGCCAUACACUCAAGAUCCAUAUAGAACUUACUUCCCCUGCCUUUGAUGGUCAAGACACUGCACGUACCCAUAUUAGAUUAGAUACGCCUAUUACUAUCCUUGACUGUAGACUAAAAGAAGAUUAUAAUACCCUACCAACCUAUGAAGAAGCCGUUUUAUCCCCCUUGAUUGAUGAAGAAGACGAACCUUGUAAACCAUCAGGAUUCUUCAUCUGCCCCUGUUAUCUUGAAUAUAAAAAGAAGAGCAAAUGUAGCAAAAGGGACUGGAUGAAGCUCAGGAGUGAACAACAUGAGACUUCCGAUGUAUAUUACCAUCAAUAUGAUAACUCGACUCCACCUCCAUCUUAUGAAGACAUUGAAUAUAAGCGAUAAUCACAUACACAUUUACAUAUUAUACACACAUCUACAUAUUAUAUACACCUUGUAUUAAUUGCAUUAUAAAAAUUAUUGCCUACACUUUAUACUUAAUAAAAU